GCCGGUGCCUCCGUGCGCACCACGGGCGGGCCGCGGGCUGAUUGGAGCGGGGGGAGGGGUCCCCGGAGAACCAGUUUGGGAUUUGUCGUGAACAGCAUGGAGGAGAAUGACCCCAAGCCCAUCGAAGCGGCGGCGGCGGAGGGGCCGAGGCAGCCGGAAUCCAGCCCCGGCGGCGGCUCCGGCGGCGGCAGCCCUGGCGACGCGGACACUGGCCGCCGGCGGGCCCUGGCGCUGCCCGCGGUCCUGCAGGCGCCGGGCAACCACCAGCACCCACACCGCAUCACCAACUUCUUCAUCGACAACAUCCUGCGGCCCGAGUUCGGCCGCAGAAAGGACGCGGGGACGUGCUGUGCGGGCGCGGGCGGAGGAAGAGGCGGUGGAGCCGGCGGCGAAGGCGGCGCGGGCGGCGCGGACGGAGGCGGCGGCGGCGGCGCGGGCGGCGCCGAGCAGCUCCUGGGGUCGGGCCGGGAGGCCCGGCCGACCGCUCCCGGUGCGCCCGGGCCGCUGCCCGGCGGCGGAGACUCUCCGGGCGACGGGGAAGGCGGCUCCAAGGCGCUCUCGCUGCACGGCGGCGCCAAGAAAGGCGGCGACCCCGGGCCCCCCCUGGACGGGGCGCUCAAGGCCCGCGGCUUGGGCGGCGGCGACCUGUCGGUGAGCUCGGACUCGGACAGCUCGCAGGCCAGCGCCAACUUGGGCGCGCAGCCCAUGCUGUGGCCGGCCUGGGUCUACUGCACGCGCUACUCCGACCGGCCGUCUUCAGGUCCCCGGUCUCGCAAACCAAAGAAGAAAAGCCCCCACAAGGAGGACAAGCGGCCGCGCACGGCCUUCACGGCCGAGCAGCUGCAGAGGCUCAAGGCCGAGUUCCAGACCAGCAGGUACCUGACGGAGCAGCGGCGCCAGAGCCUGGCGCAGGAGCUCAGCCUCAGCGAGUCGCAGAUCAAGAUCUGGUUCCAGAACAAGCGCGCCAAGAUCAAGAAGGCCACGGGCAGCAAGAACACGCUGGCCGUGCACCUGAUGGCGCAGGGCCUGUACAACCACUCGACCACCGCCAAGGAGGGCAAGUCGGACAGCGAGUAGGGCGGGCGGGCGCCGGUCCGGUCUCCGGCCGCGCGAAACAAUGCAAUAAUGUAGAAUCACAAAGGGCCAGUGUAUAAAGGUGAUACCAGCAUUAAUAGUGAAGAUAUCGUGUAUUAGCUACGGUUCUGCAAUAUUCUAUGUAUAUAUAAUUUACAGGUGGUGUAAAAUCCAAAAUAUCUGACUAUAAGAUAUUUUCUUGAGUUUUUCUGUGUUUAUGAGAUUAUGCUAAUUUUAUGAGUUUGGUGAUUUUUUUCGUUUUGUUUUUGUUUUCGUUUUGCGAAGGGGGGCUGCUUAGGGUUUCAUCUUUUUUAAUCCCCUAAGCUCCACUGUGGGACAUUGGACACUUUUAUUUUUUAAUUUCAAAAAAAGAAAAGAAAAAGUAAAACAACUUGCUAAAGUCCAAAGAUUUUUAUUGCUGCAUUUCACACGACUGUGAACCGAAUAAAUAGCUCCUACUUGGUCUAUGAGUUCUGCCACUUUGUUUGUGUGGGCUUGGUGAGGACAGCAGGAGGGUGUGAACCCCCGGCCCCGGGCAGGGGGAGCACAGGCCCCCCCCCCCACCCCCGCAGGGCCAGGGGGCCGUUGGGGUCCUUGAGGAGUGGGCCCCUGGUGGUGGGCAGCCCAGGCCCCAGCCUCACCCCACCCAG